UAAAUACAUUUCAGUAAUAGCCUUACUACUGUUUCUCUAUUAAGUAGUAACCUAUCAACAUUCAUUGAACAUAACACAUCUUUCCGUAAGCUUAACCAAGAAAACAUCUCUUUCCGUAAGAGGAAACCACGAACUUACUCUCUAACCUUCCCAUUUCUAAAAUAGUACUCGAAAAGUUUCUCCUCAAAUUUGUCUCAUUCUCUCUUAAACACACAACACCCACUCACUUUUGCUUAAUCCACACACACACACACACACACCAUCUUCUUCAGUUCACAUCAAUGGUGUCUAGUUUCUUCACCAAAAUCCCUUCACUCUCUGCAAUUUUCUCGAUCUACACAUCUCUCUCUGCCUUCACGAUCGUCUUCAGAACCAUUCUCCAUGAGAUCCUUCCAGCCAAGAUCCGUCACUUCAUCGUCUCCAAAUUCACAGACUACUUCUCUUCCUAUUUCAACCCUAAUUUCACCUUCAUCAUCGAAGAACAGAGCGAUUACGUCACAAACCAAACUUUCCGUGCGGCUCAAGUUUACUUGCCGACUCUUCUCACAAGAAUCUCCACCGGAAGUCUCCUCGUCAGCUCCAGCAACCUCAAGGAUCCCAUGGCUAAACCCAAAUUUGGAAUACCCGUAAAAGCCAAAAUCACAGAUGAUUUCGAAGGGAUUCCUCUUGAAUGGACUCUUCUCUCUGAUAGAGACAACAAUCCUCACCAAAAAUACCAAAAAAGGUACUUUCAUUUGACGUGUAAGAAGGAGUUUAGAGAGAAGAUUAUGUCGGAUUACUUCACAUAUAUUGCCAAGUCAUCGGUGAAGUUAUUGACACACAGAGAAAAUCUCAAUAUCAACACUUACAAUUCAAAAUGUGAAAGAUGGGAAUCAGCAAUUUUUCAACAUCACACGACGUUUGAAACCCUAGCAAUGGAACCUGAGCUCAAGAAUACAUUGAUCCGUGACCUAGACGCUUUCUCCAGUGGAAAAGACUUCUACAAAUCCGUCGGACGAGCUUGGAAACGUGGUUAUCUUCUUUACGGUCCACCUGGAACCGGGAAAUCAUCGCUUGUUGCUGCAAUUGCUAACCACAUGAACUUUAAUAUCUAUGAUCUUCAGAUUCAGAGUGUUAAACAUGAUGAAAUGCUUAGACAGAUUCUCACUAUGACUGAGAACCGUUCCAUUCUUCUCAUGGAAGAUCUUGAUUGUAGUGGAGCAGAUGCUAGAGACGAGGAUAAAGAAGAUGAUGAGAAUCAGGAUAUGAAAAAGAAGAAGGAUCCUAAGGUAACUUUGUCUGGUCUACUUAACUUUGUUGAUGGAUUGUGGUCAAGCUGUGUAGAGGAACGAAUCAUAAUAUUCACAACAAAUCACAAGGAGAAACUCGAUCCAGCAUUGUUGAGACCAGGAAGGAUGGAUGUUCAUAUACUCAUGGACUAUUGUACGCCUGUUGUUUUCAAGAAACUCGCUGCACUGUAUCUUGAAACCGAAGAUCACAAUUUGUUUGAGCCUCUUGAGAAGAUGUUCCUUGAAGUGAAAGCAACUCCAGCUGAAAUCACAGAGCAGCUUAUGGCCAGCAAGAAUCCGGAUGUUGCGCUUAAGGGUCUUAUUGAGUUUCUUGAAAGAAAAAAGAUGACUAAGGAGAGUGUUGAUUUUGAUAUUAAAGAAGCAGAAGCAUGAAGCUUAAGUAUCCAUGGAAGUAGUAGUUUAACACUAAAUAACUAGGUACAAGCUUGCUACAGGUCAAGAAUUGUCAUAUUUAUGCUUUAUGUAUGCUAAAGUUUCUUCCACUCUUUCAAAUUAUGCAAAAGACUAUGACUUAGUCAUAACUUGUAACCGUUUAUUUUUAUUUGAAAACAUUAAUAGAAACAAAAGAAAA